ACAAAGGAACCAGACUGGCGUGGCAACGAAACUACGAAAGUUAACGAAACACGACUGAGGCACCGCAAGGGCCAGGAAUUUAACUAAGUUGCGGGUUUUUUUUAUAGAUUUAAAUUAAAAAUGGCAAAGGAAAGAUACCUGAAAGGUGAUGCUAUGCCGUUCGCCAAACAGAUGAAGAAAUUAAUCAACAGUAAAGACUUCAGCGACAUCAAGUUCAUCGUCGGGGAUUCCCGCAAGCAGGUCCGCGCCCAUCGCUGCAUCCUGGCGUCCCGUUGUGAGGUCUUCCGCGCGAUGUUUGCCGACCGGAACAACAAGGAGGAAACCCCCUACGUCAUGUCCGAUGUGGACCCGGACGUCUUCCUGACUGUCUUGGAGUUCAUCUACACCAACUGCGUCACGCUGAAUGUCAAAAAUGCGUUUGAGGUUCUGAGUUGUUCUAUUGAGUACGGCCUGGAUGAUUUGCGGAAGGUGUGCGUGGGAUUCCUGAUUGACAACUUGUCGGUCAACUCCUGCUGCGAGGCCGUGCAGGCGGCCGUCUCAUACGGACAGGAAGACUUAAAGACCAAAGCGCUGAGCUUCAUCGAUAAGAACACUCAGAAUGUUCUCAAGACCAGGGGUUUCCUAGAGUUAUCCCCUGAAGCAGUGUGCUGCAUCCUGCAGAGCUCCAAGCUGACGGCGGAUGAACUGGACAUCAUAAGGGCCGUGAGAGAGUGGGCAGCAGCCAACUCAGCAGUCACACACCAGCCUGUUCAGAAGGUCAUCCAGUCAGUGGUCAGGCACAUACGGCUGGCCCUCCUGGCUCCAAACGAGUUGAAGCAACUGGAGAGGGAGAACGAAGCGCAGCAAAUCAUUCCUAUCAACGCUAUCGCUGCUGCCUGGAAGUUCCACGCUCUUCACGAAUCUGAGCUUGGUAAUCCCCAGACCCAGCUCCGGCGAGGGACUUCGUCUAGACCCUCCCACCAAGGGUUGGUUCCAUGGGACAAGUGAACACCAAGCUUGAUCUGCAGAGCUCUAGUCAUUACCGUCACAAGUCAAAUCACAAGUCUAGCACAAGUCUAUCACAAGUCAGAUCACAAGUCCAUCACAAGUUCAUCACAAGUCCAUCACAAGUUCAUCACAAGUCCAUCACAAGUCUAUCACAAGU